AUGGAGGGUUCAGUUGAGAAACAAGAUCAUAAAAAGCUUCCAGGCGCCAAAUGCAGCAAGGACAGAUCUGGUAAACGGCAACGCAGCUUUGUUGGUGUAAGGCAAAGGCCUUCCGGGAAAUGGGUGGCAGAGAUCAAAGACACAACUCAUGAUAUUAGAAUGUGGCUGGGGACCUUUAACACGGCGGAGGCGGCUGCAAGAGCCUACGACGAAGCCGCCUGCCUCAUCCGCGGUCCCAAUGCUCGGACCAACUUUACUCUCACUUCCACCUCUUCCUCCGCCCUCUCUAUCAAAAUCAGAAACCUCCUCAUCCACAAGAUUACUUUGAAGCGAAACGCAAUCAAAACUCCUGCCCAUUCUGCCACAGUCCAAGACAUGCACAUCUUUGAUAAUAAUGCACUCUGGAGCACCUGCACUGGAGACUUUGAGAUGGGUUUUUGUCACGUCACCCAUUCAUGCUGCUCCCAUCUUCCUCUUGGCUUCAACUUGGAUAUGGAUGAGCCUUUGUCUGCACUCAAUGGAAUCACUCAACAUUUAGGAAAUACAUAUGAUGAUUCCUUUGGCUCUGAUACUGCGCCUCACAUCUUCUGCCCAACUUGA